AUGGCCGCAGUCGAAGUCAUCACAUCAAGCUCAGAAGCCGCACAUGAUGCUCUUCCCGAACUGUACGACCGCCUCGACUUGCUCUGGGCGCACUACUUACAGCUCGUGCAUGACUACACCAUCGCCCAGGCUUCCAUCCAAAAACACUUGGCGACCGGCUUCUUCUCAUUGACCCAGGCCAACUUUCAAUCUUCGGGCAGGCGCUAUGGCAGGGACUUCUACGAUGAUCGUGCGGCGGCCACCGUGAGGGUCAAAGUGUAUGAUACUGGAAGUGCGAACAUCGUGAAGAUGAGCGGCGAGGCCAAAGACAGUGGCAAAGCAAGGCAAAGAAGUGAGAAGGGAGAAGAAUCGACACAGCUGCCAUCGCCAUCACCGACUCCUGAACCCGAAGAGAAGCCUGCUCCGGAAGAUGAUAUUGAUAAUGAUGAUGAUACUUCUGACGAGGCCUCUGAGAAUCCCGCAACAAUCACCGAUCCUCUCCGCUGGUUCGGCAUUCUUACACCAGCAUCCCUGCGCUCCGCUCAAGAGUCUUUCACGUCAGCUGUGCUAGAUGAAGCCACUCUGUCAAAAGCUCUCAAUGCUGCUCGAGGCAUGCGGGACUUGGAAGGUGAUAUCCGAAAGCUGAGGAAGGCCAUCAAGAAGGCUGAAAAGGGAGCAGCUGCAGCAUGA